GCGACACCGCAACCCGCCCUCUGCGCGAUUUCUUUAUACACUACAAACUCUAGGCGGUCGCUCGUCUCAUUCAACAAUAUUGUCUCACGCGUACAGCUAUUAGAACGGUGCAGAUAGCGAUCUUUAUGUCAGUUGCACUAGCGCUAUCGUGCGGACUGCUUAUCAGCUGUUUCGGAAAAGUCGGUCGUAGUGUCAAGUGCAGUGAACUAGCGAUCAGCUGAUGCAGCGGUGUGGUGGUGAGGUGUCGGUGUAGUGCGUAGCGGGCCCGUAGCGUGCGGCGCGGUGCUCGCGUGUAGCGGAGCGUCACAGGGGGAGCGCGAAGGUUGCGCCCGUGACCGCGGCCGGGGCGCGCCGCUGCCGCCGCCGCCGCCGCGCGCAGUAUCGCGCCGAGCUCGCGCCUCCUCGGACCUCGCCCCGGAGGUCGCCAGGACCCGCGCCAGUGCUGUGAUGUGCCACUAGCUGAUGAUGCCCAAACGCAGAGUGUGUGUAGUGAAAGUGUGCGCGAGAGGCGGCGACCGGCAACGGCCCCCGCGACCGUAGCCAUGUGGACCCUGCUGCUGCCCUUCAUGGCCCUCAUCGUGUCCGGCGGUGGGGCCACAUUCGCACCCAACAAGGAGCUGCUUGAGUGUGCAAGCCAGAUCCUGUACAUGGACCAACACACGUAUCAAAUUCCAACAAACUACAGUAGAAACAUUCCACCCGCCAAAAACACAACAGUCUACAUUGGUGUGAACGUCAACCGAGUGUCGGGGGUCGAUGAGAAUAGAGAGGAGAUAACUCUGGACGUGUUCCUCCAAGUGUCCUGGCAAGAGACGAGACUGCGCGUCCCCCCAGGAAUGCCGUUCAUCGACCUGCCCUGGGAGUUCCGCCAGCUGAUAUGGACCCCGGACCUGUACAUCAUGCAGCUGCAGACGAUGAAGAUCCUGUCGGUUCUCCAGGAGAUGGCUUCGCUCCGGCUCUACACCAACGGCACCGUCUCAGUCAGUAUUGGAGCAACAAUAACGAUCAAAUGUGAGAUGGACUUCGUGCUGUAUCCGCUGGAUGUACAGAAUUGUGCGAUAGAUUUUAGCAGCUACAAGUACACAUCCCAGGACGUGCGGUUCGAGUGGCGCGACGUGGCCCCGUGGACGGGGCUCGGAAUGAAGCAGCGGAACGAGUUCAGGCUCCCCAAAUACGUAGUCUCCUUCGUCACGGACAAAAGUAAUCAUAUUCACAAUUUUGGUGAAGGCCUGAACAAACUUGCAGGUCCUCAUUCAGCAGCUAGGUUGCAAAUCAAGCUCUCUCGGGAGUUAAGAGGGUACCUGCUAGAGAGUUAUCUGCCCUCGUCACUCUUCGUCAUCAUAUCCUGGGGCAGCUUCUGUGUCAUCCCGGAGAUCGUACCUGGUCGCAUGGUGCUUCUUGUGACCACGCUUCUCUCACUCGUCACUAUGUUUGAUACUGUCAGCACAAACUCACCUGAUGCCCUAGAACUGAAGUGCAUCGAGGUGUGGCUGAUCUCCUGUACUAUAUUCGUGUUCCUGGCGCUGAUGGAAUAUUUCGUGGUGCUGUUCGGCAUCCGCUACGACAAGAGUUGGAGCCAACGACGGCAAGAAAUACGUCGAGCCGCGUCCGCCGUCCAACUAGCACCCCCUCAACAACUCCACCUCAACCAUUCACAGAGGCUGAGCACGCCGACCAUGGCGGGCACCCCGCAAGGCGGCGUAUUCUCCCCGCAAAUCAUUGACGACGAGGCCCUCAAGCAACAGAUGUCGCAGAUGACUAUCCAGAGGGAUUCACCAAUCUUGGAGAGGAUGCCGCGUAAUGGCGGCAAUUCGAGUUUCAUGGCGCGUGUGGCGUCAAUGGCGGACAGAGGGGUGCUAUUUUGUGGCGCCCAGCAUGGGGCGCUGGACAGAUUCGCACUCAUGCUCUUCCCAGUGUGUUUCUUCCUCUUUACCGUCAUCUACUGGACGACAUACCUAAGUGAGGCGCACCGCGCCACGCAAAAGGUGAAAUGACACUACAGUGAUUAUUUUAUAAAAUCUCUCCAACCGCGCGGAAUUCUAGGAAAUGUGAUUUCAGUGCCUAAAGAACGUCGUGACGUAAUUGUAAAUAUUAGAUGAAUUGCUAGUCGAUUUUAAAGAUACAGUGUAAGCCCAUAAUCGCAGACAUUAUGAUUUUGUUCAGUGUGAAUUUACAACGAAUUUAUUGAUAUUGGGUGCAUUGUGGUGUUCCUUGGUAGGUAGGUGAACUUAUGUUUGUUUAAAAUGCCUUAUGGAAUAGUGCCUUUAUAGCAAAUCUAAUGCUUGAACACCAAUUACAUUAAUUUAAGAAAAAACUUUUGCUCAGAUUUGCUUUGGAGUGCACUGGAUGCGUAUAUCGGUGUAAAUAGUUAAAAUUAAGCGAGCAACACAGGGACCAUGGUAAUCCUUAAAAAUACUAUGUAUCAGUACAAAAUAUUGUUUAAGAGCAUAAUUCAAUAGCAGCCUCACAGGUGCCUUUUGCUCGUGUUAUCAUUAACAAGAAUAUUCUACACAGACUUGCCUACCUAGUUAUUAACUUAAUCUCGUCCUCAAUAUAAUUAUAAAUAGAUAUAAGUGAGACUUGUUAUAUUAGUUUUUAAGUUAUUUUUAUUAAAACAGUAGUGCUCAUUUUUGUUUGUACCUUUAGACUUAACUUUGUAAAUAUAAUAAACCUGUUCGAAUCUAUACGCGGCGCGUUGUGCGGCCGAAUCAAACAUAUGGCGGUGUAUGAAGCGGUCAUGAAGCAGUCAAAACGCUGUUUAAGCGAGACACGUCAUUUAACUAACCAAGUGAUUAGCUUCAGGUAACUAGCAUAUGCAUAUGUGAAGUCGUAAUGCAUACCUUGUGUAUGACCGUGCCUUUAGAGGUAAAGACAAAUGACUCAUCGAAAAAAAUAUUUAAAGCAUUGAGUGGAAUUGUUAUAAUUUAUGGUGUUAAAGGGUAUUCCUUUUGUUAUAAAGGAACAAUAGAAUCUCAAAUGGAUGAUGAUUUACAUUAAAAACUGUGUCGACUCGAUGAAAUAUGUACGUAGUAAGUACCUACCCUAAAAUACAUUAUCACUAACAGAUGUGUUCAGUGAUGAUUGAACUUCAGUCAUCGUAAAUUCACGAAAAUUUUGUGUAAUUAUAACAAUGAUAACCAAGUAGAUCUACUACGCAUAAUCGUAGAAACUUACGGGAUACAGUGAGGGGGCGUCAUCGCAUUAACUCUUAAAAGAAAAGUCUAUAAAAAGAGGAAUUGACCAAAGUUCAUUUCACCUAACAUAACAUAGGUAAGCUCACGACUCUAUACCAAUUAUUGGUAGUUAGAGGUGCAUCCAUCGCAAGAUGAAGACUAAGUAUCUCCUCACUGAGCUUUCUGUUAGACCAACGUGAUAGGUGGUGAACCGUAUAGCCGUCUUUAAUGGUCGAGCUAACUGUGUUAGUGAAAACUGCACUUAAGGUAAAUUGAUAACUCAUUUGUAAGUCUGGUACAGGAGUUCGAACGCGCGCUCCCCGAUUGGGAAGAAAGCCGGCGGACUUGUAUUUUCAUUUCACUAAAAAACAAUAUCAGUGUUACUACAAAACAAAGACUAAAAGAUAAACUAUGUUUAAAAUAUAAUCCGUAUACGAAAGAAGUCCCGAAGGCCGCGGCGCUACUGUCGCAGAUUCUGCACUAUUAUGACUUGUCAAUUUAGUUUCAUUAAAAUCCGCCGAAUUCUUUCGUAGCGCGAAAUACUAUUUCAAACCUAGUUUAUUUUUAGUUUGUGUUUUGUAGUAACACUGUAUGUGUCGACACAUGGGGUGGAAAGCGCGAGUACGGUCACGUAUGUAUACACUUUGGUACCAUGUCACAUUCACGUUAGUGCGACAAAGUCCUAAAGUGGAUAUAUUAUAUUGCUCAUGACUGUACACAGCGCAGUAUAAAAUUUCGUAAGCCCUGCCCACUUCUGUAUGCCAUCUUAUCAUUCCUAUAUAUAUUUCUCCGUUCAGAAACCACAGGACUCUAUAGUGACAACCGACGUCUAAAACUGCCUCUAAACGUCCGGGGCUAAAUCAAGUACUCGUAAAUCAAUUUAAAUGGCAGCUAAAUAUAUCAUGUAAAUAUUAUUAUUUAAAAAUAAUAUUGAUCAAAUAUAGGUAAUUAGUAGGUAAGUCGAUAUUGCCAAGUUUGACUUGUUAGGGAAAAUAGGUGAUGUGCAAUACUGGGUGUUAUUGUUACAAUAUAAGGCUCUCGAACUAGUGACAUAUCUGUUGAAGACGGAAAACCAGCCUUAAUGCUUGCUAUAGACGGAGUAAGCGGGCGCGUGCGCGGGAUAUUGUUUCCUCCUGCUUUUCCCGACUCUGUAAGCUAAGCAGCAAGCAUAAAACUACUAUUGCCUAUCGACAGUAUCGAUAGUUGAUGCCAUAGUCGAAAGCAAUACUAUCGAUAGUAAGUAUUUGUGACGAUAGUGGUGGUAUUUUUUACGAUCUAAUUUUAAGUUAAAUAUCAUUUUCUUACCCGCCGAAAAGGAAAGGGACGGGUAAUCGACAAGCAUAAAAUUUAUGGAACACACGUCAAUUUUAAUUACAAAUCUAAAACAACCAUAUAAAAAAAUUGCAAUGGCUAAUAACGCGACAGAUUUAAGUUGACAGCACACGUCAAACGGUUUGCAUACAAGCGAGAUGCUUUUUUGAUUCGCCCGGGUUAUUCAUCCAUUUAGGUACUCAUUCUUCCUAAAAUUAAGA